AUGGCUUUCUGUUCCACGCUUUUGCUGCGAGUGUCGCCGUGCUCAGAAGCCAGUGCCUACCUAUAUGGCAAGGCCUUCCACUAUGCGAAGCUGGUCGUGAUCGCAAUGGUCGAUACGUUGAUUCCCUGUGGUAUUAUGCAAUCCUCGCCAGAGCUCACGUUUCUGCAUGCCUCGGCAGCUGCGAAAUUUCUGACCCAGUCAGCUUCGGCCUACUCGAUAACGCAGCAGCUCGAGAUCAAGACCCUUCUCUAUCAGCUUUCUCGCAGUUACUCCUCGCCUGAUGCGACUAUUGACCACAUCCACGCACCUGCACGCCAUGCAGCGCAUAUAAACCGUCUCAUUGACGACUUGGGCCCUUAG